GUAUACAGUUUCCCCAAAUCUCUUGUUUACUUUUUUGCAUUUGCCACUCGCGUAAAGUUUGCUUCCAGUCGUGGUUUUAGAUUGAGCAUGACGAAAUAUAUAGAGGAGCAACCAUCCGAUGAGGGGCUAAUGGGCGCCAUAGCCGCGGUAGGGGGCGUAGCUCCUGAAGCACUGCGUCUGCUGCUUACACUUAUGGCUGGCUAUCCCAUUGCUGCGUUGUACACAAAAUAUAUUGCUGAGGUGCCCUUCAAGACGCUGCAUCACAUAUUCUUCUUCACCUGUGGAGCUGGCCUCUGCUACUUCAACUACGGCGUCGACACAUAUCACUCGCUGCUGGCCAUCCUCGUCACAUAUCUGCUGGUCCUGUUUCUGCGGCACAACGUCAAGCUGAUGAUCGGCCUGAACUUUGUGUACCACAUGACCUAUUUGCUGUUGGGCUACUUUUACACAUCCAGCAACGACUAUGACAUUCUGUGGACGAUGCCACACUGCAUUUUGGUGCUGCGCAUGAUUGGCUUCGGCUUCGACAUUUCCGAUGGGCUCAAGGCGCAGGAGGCUCUGUCCAAUGAACAGAAGGAAACAGCCCUGCCGCAGGUGCCAUCGGUGCUGGAGCUCCUGGCAUUUGCGUACUUCCCCAGCGGUUUCCUGAUUGGACCACAAUUUCCCCUGCGUCGCUACCAGAAAUUUAUCAACGGGGAUUAUCGGCAGCACGAGGGCAAUGUGGAGGCGGGCAUGCGUCGCCUGGCCAUUGGCAUCUUCUAUCUGAUCGUUUGUCAGGUGGGCCUGAGCAUUCUGCCCGACUCCUACUUCCUUAGCCCAGAGUUUGUCGAGGUGGGACUCAUCAAGCGGAUCUAUCUGCUCGGUUUUUGGGCAAAGUUCAGCCUGUACAAGUACAUAUCCUGCUGGCUGCUCACCGAGGGCGCCCUCAUCUACAUUGGCUUCACCUACAAGGGCAAGGAUGAGCAUGACCAGCCCGACUGGUCGGGCUGUAGCAAUGUUAAGCUGGUCCUGCUGGAAACGGGCAACACCAUGGAGCACUAUGUGCAUAGCUUCAAUGUGAACACAAACCAAUGGGUGGGCCAAUAUGUAUACAAGCGUUUGAAGUUCCUCAACAAUCGCACGAUCAGCUAUGGAGCGGCCCUGGGUUUCCUGGCCAUCUGGCAUGGCUAUCACAGUGGCUACUACAUGACAUUCCUCAUGGAGUAUAUGGUUGUCAGCACCGAGAAGCAGAUCACGCGCUUCUAUGACAAGGUUGUGCUGCCCAAAUAUGGCACAUUCCUGAACAACUCGGACAUCUACAAGGUGCUCUACUUUUUGGCCCUAAAGUCCUACAACAUUACCUAUAUGGGCUGGUGUCUGACGGCCUUUGUGUACCUCAAGUACGAACGUUGGAUCGUGGUCUAUGGUGCCGUCAACUAUUAUGGCUUCAUUUACUUGCUCCUGUGGGCCGCCUUCUAUCACAGCUAUCAGCACUUUUCGCGCAACAGCUCCAAGAGCAAUGAAAACGACACAGGCGGCAAGAAGACUCAGUAGAGGGAAAAUUACCAAAAUUGAUUAUCGGAAAUUGGUUUUGGAAUGGAACUACUAUAUAUUCUUUUAAUAUUCUACUAACCAAAUCGAGUAGUUCUUACCAAUUAAUAAGCCACACUGUAACCGGAGAUUGUCAAACACACACACACACACUCACACACACAAAUAUCGAUUGCCUAGUCAAAGCGGAGGAGUUAUUAAAUCCCCCAACAAAAAAGUACACAGACAGUGCGUUUCAUAAAGAUGAAACAGUAUGAAGAAUGCCUCUUAAUUUCAGCUGUCUUAUACUGCCCGAAGCGCACUGCAAGAAAGUCUUAAAUAUGAUUAUGCAUACACAUAUGAUAUAGAAUUGUAAAUUAUAUUAGUUGUUGACAGCUAAAUGUACGUUCAAUUAGUAACUAAAGCCCACAGCUCAUCAACUAACUAAGACCUCUUAAGGCCCACUUGUAUGAUAAUCCGGGACGAAUCGUAACUACAUAUUUUUCAGUUGUUUUUGUUUUUGCCUACCACCCCCGACGAGACUUAAAUCUAAGCUAUGCAGACAAUUUUAUACCAUAUGCAAAAGAUUCACUAUACAUACAAAUGAUAUAUUUUUUCACAUGCUCACCGAAAUGGGAAAACCUUUGCGAAAUGUGCAAAACUUCAUUGAUAGCAAGACACGAAUUAAAAUGCAAUUAAAUUAUUUUUAGA